UCUCUCUCUCUAACCAAAACACACAAACACAUACUGAAGACACCAGAAGUAGGUGAAAAGCAAAGAACCCUCUUUCUCUCUUCAGAUUUUCUCACAUUACCACCACAAACCGCUGUUUUUCCCCUUCCAACCUAAUCCGAUCGGAAAGUGUGAGAAAAUCUCCGAGAAAGUGACAUAAAAAUCUCACACCCCAGAAAGAGGAAAUUAAGAAAAAUACCAACUUUCCCUGUUGGGAUUUUCCCAUGAGGGUGAAAUGAAAUCAAGUCUUGAUUUUUGAAGUAAAGGGUUGAAUCUGGUGCCCCCUUUUGAUCCUAAGCUCUGAAAGUUUGCGGCUUUGUGUUCAGAUCUCCGUGAUUCAAGUGGUGUUGGAGCUAAGUGUUGGAUCUCCUUGAUGGGUUGACUGAAUGGUGGAGCUGGGGCUUUUGGUUUUGGAUUUUUUGGGGUUUGGAAUGUUGAGGAAAAGUUUCAAUUUUUGAUUUUGGGUUUUGGUGGUGGUGGUGAUUGAGCUUUGAGGUCAGUGGCAAUGGUGGUUCUUAAGUGAUAGUGUUGUGUUUGUGUGUGUGUGUUGGAGGAAAUGUCUGCUUCUUUAGCUGCUUUUGAGAGACCUAGACAUGGAGCUUCCAACACGGUUUUCAAAAGUGGCCCACUUUUCAUAUCUUCUAAAGGUAUAGGCUGGAAGUCUUGGAAGAAGCGGUGGUUUAUACUCACGCGCACAUCAUUGGUUUUCUUCAAAAAUGAUCCGAGUGCCCUUCCACAGAGAGGUGGUGAAGUAAACCUGACACUGGGAGGAAUUGACUUAAACAAUUCAGGAAGUGUUGUUGUUAGAGAAGACAAAAAGCUGCUUACAGUAUUAUUUCCAGAUGGACGUGAUGGGCGAGCAUUCACCCUGAAGGCUGAGACAUCGGAAGACUUGUUUGAAUGGAAGACAGCUCUUGAACAAGCCCUUGCACAAGCGCCAAGUGCUGCUCUUGUUAUGGGACACAAUGGGAUUUUUCGGAGUGAUGCGAGUGAUUCCAUUGAAGGGUCUUUCCAUCAAUGGAGGGACAAGCGUCCAGUUAAGUCUUUGGUUGUUGGAAGACCAAUUCUUCUAGCACUGGAAGAUAUUGAUGGAGGUCCUUCUUUCCUUGAAAAAGCUCUUCGGUUUCUAGAGAAGUACGGAACUAAAGUUGAAGGAAUUCUAAGGCAGUCUGCAGAUGUUGAAGAGGUUGACAGGAGAGUUCAAGAAUAUGAGCAAGGCAAGACUGAAUUUGGUUCUGAGGAGGAUGCCCAUGUUGUUGGUGACUGUGUCAAGCAUGUUCUAAGAGAGCUGCCCUCAUCUCCAGUUCCAGCUUCAUGUUGUACUGCGUUGUUGGAGGCUUAUAAAAUUGAUCGCAAAGAAGCUAGGAUUAAUGCAAUGCGCUGUGCCAUAGUGGAGACCUUUCCAGAGCCAAAUCGACGUUUGUUACAAAGAAUUCUGAAGAUGAUGCACACAGUUGCUUCCCAUUCUCAAGAGAAUCGGAUGACACCGUCUGCUGUUGCUGCUUGCAUGGCUCCCUUACUCUUGCGGCCUCUGCUAGCAGGAGAAUGUGAAUUGGAGGAUGAAUUUGAUGUUAGUGGUGAUAGCUCAGCUCAGCUUCUUGCUGCGGCUAAUGCUGCGAAUAAUGCUCAAGCAAUUAUUACUACUUUGCUGGAGGAGUUUGAGAGUAUAUUUGAUGAAGAAAAUAUUCAGAGAUGUUCAAUUUCAGCAGAUUCUCGGGUUGAGAACAGUGGGACUGAAGAUUCAACCGAUGAUGAAAAUAUAGAUGUGAAAGAAAAUGGAUACCAUGAUGCAGAGAAUGAAGUUGAUCAAGAGACAGAAGAUGAUGCCGAUCGUGUACACAGUGGAAAAUUGAGUGAAAGUAGUGGUUAUGCUGGCAGUGAUCUUUACGAUUACAAGGCAUUUGGAGGUGAUGAUUCUGAUGUUGGAUCCUCCAAUGGCCAUACCAAGACUGUCACUACUAAUCAUAAUGCUGAUCCUGAUCCUCAAACUCCUCAACUGUCUGAGGAUCAAAACAAGCAAAGAAAGAGCAAUGAGAACUCAGUUGAUGAGAAGGAUGCUCCAAAUUUGUUACCUCCCACUGAAUCCUAUCGUUCUAUGGGUGAGAUUUUAUCUUCUAUGGACCCCGCCAACCAUUUACCCGUGCCUCAGAUAGAAACAGGUUCUGCAAAGCAGACGGGUAAAGCUGGCAGUAGUAGUUUCAGUUCCAAACGGUCAUCAUUCUGGGGAAGGAGUAACGCAAGGAAGACACCGUCAGUGGAAUCUGUUGAUUCUUCUGGAGAAGAGGAGCUUGCUAUUCAAAGGCUUGAGAUUGCAAAAAGUGAUUUGCAGCACAGAAUUGCGAAGGAGGCUAGAGGCAAUGCUAUUUUACAAGCAAGCUUAGAAAGACGGAAGCAAGCUCUGCACGAGCGGCGAUUGGCACUUGAACAAGAUGUUUCAAGAUUGCAAGAACAAUUGCAAGCUGAGAGGGAUCUUAGAGCGGCAUUGGAAGUUGGAUUGAGUAUGUCUUCAGGAUAGUUUUCCAGUUCACGCGGCAUGGAUUCCAAGACAAAGGCCGAGCUGGAGGAGAUUGCACUUGCUGAAGCUGAUGUUGCCAGGUUGAAGCAGAAAGUUGCGGAACUUCACCAUCAACUUAACCAGCAGCGACAGCAUCACUAUGGUUCACUUACUGAUGUGGGUGAUCGAUACCAACAUGCCCAAAACCAUCCUCAGCAGAGAUUUCUUCAGCAAGAUUUUGAUUCAACUCUUGCCUUUUGUAAUCAUGAAAGGAAACAAAGGACUGAGGAGGGCUUGUUGGGCACAGAUUGGAGAAAUCUCAAAGGACAAGUAUUGGCAGCCGGUAAUGGCAGUCGACAACCUACUCGAAAGCAAUUUAUGGACUCAAGUCCUAGUGAUUCAAAAAGUACCGAGGCAUCGACAAGCAUGUCUGUAGAUGAGCUUGGUACCGUUGACUCCGCUGCUAUGCCUUCCACCUCGAGGGCUGCAGAGGGGACAGAAUAUGGAAGACAUCCAUCUGUAGCUUCCUCAACAUUAGUAGAGUUAACGACUCGUCUCGAUUUUUUCAAGGAAAGACGUUCUCAGCUGAUGGAACAGCUUCAUAACCUCGAUUUAAAUUACGGUUCCACCACCACCUCCCAAGAUUUCGUCUAUAAACCGUCGUCGCCAUCAUGGAGUUGAUUGGCCAAAUUGGUGCUUCAUAGGAUCAUAUCCAUGUGGAGGAGGAAUAAUUUUGGCUGACAUGUUUGUAUAUCCUUUGACUCAUUGCAUAUAAUUGUAUCCCUUUUAUGCUCUAUGCACUGUUUUUCCAUUCUCAGUUUCUAUUUAAUUUCUUUUUUAACUUUUUGGCAUUUGUUAGUGAAAGGUCAUUGGAGUUGAGAUGAGAAUCUUUCAGUUUUUUCCUCUAUUGAGUCUUUUUCUUCUGAAUUCCUUUGUUUUCUUUAGGGGAAGGAGUGGAGUUUGUUGUAAUUAUAUGUUAAUGUCUAUAGUUGGGGAAUUUUGUUGGUGAAACAAAACAAAUACAAUGAAGAAAUUUUUACUUCAUUUUGUUUUUUUUUUAA